GCCUCUGCAGCCUCCAACUGCUGCUCAGAGGGGCUGGAGGGAUAGAUCCCUGGGAAGCGAGACUGUGGGACUGUGCGUGUCUGCGGCGGGGGCAGGACCUGAGAUAACCUCAGGCCAAAGGGCAAGUCUGAUGCCCACGACUCUCAGGGCAAGGGGUGCCCCCUAGCUCCGCCCCAUCCAGCGUGGGAGCAGCUCAGCGAUUAGCCUGUGGAGCAGGAAUGUCCAGCGAUGGGGAGCUGGUCACGGCAGUGGGUGACAGCAGGGGUGGUCAUCUGACGAGGGGAGGGGAGCAGAUGGUGCCCAGCAAGGUGGAAGGAGAAGUGGACAGGAGAAACCUCGGGGCAUUCCUGAGGGCCCAGGAACUGCAGUAAAUGAUCACAGGGAGACUUAAAGUUCAGAGAGGAGGUGUGAUUUGCCUGAGGUCACACAGCAAGUUAGAGACCCAGCUCCACGACUCGUUGUCUUGGCUUUGGCCCUCGUCAUCCUGCCCACCCAGCGGGGCCUCCCGACCCGCCACACGGCCAUGGACGGGAAGGUGGCAGUGCAAGAGCAUGGGCCUCCUGCGGCCUCCUGGGUCCCCGAGGAGGGAGAGAAGUUGGACCAGGAAGACGAGGACCAGGUGAAGGAUCGGGGCCAAUGGACCAACAAGAUGGAGUUUGUGCUGUCAGUGGCCGGGGAGAUCAUUGGGCUGGGCAAUGUCUGGAGGUUUCCCUAUCUCUGCUACAAAAACGGAGGUGGAGCCUUCUUCAUCCCCUACUUCAUCUUCUUCUUUGUCUGCGGCAUCCCGGUGUUCUUCCUGGAGGUGGCGUUGGGCCAAUACACCAGCCAAGGGAGUGUCACAGCCUGGAGGAAGAUCUGCCCCCUCUUCCAGGGCAUUGGUCUGGCGUCUGUGGUCAUUGAGUCGUAUUUGAAUGUCUACUACAUCAUCGUCCUUGCUUGGGCCCUGUUCUACCUGUUCAGCUCCUUCACCUCGGAGCUGCCCUGGACGACCUGCAACAACUUUUGGAACACAGAGCAUUGCAUGGACUUUCUGAACCAGUCAGGAGCCGGCACAGUGACCCCAUCUGAGAAUUUUACCUCACCUGUCAUGGAAUUCUGGGAGAGACGAGUUCUGGGCAUCACCUCGGGCAUCCAUGACCUGGGCGCCCUGCGCUGGGAGCUGGCCCUGUGCCUCCUGCUCGCCUGGGUCAUCUGCUAUUUCUGCAUCUGGAAGGGGGUCAAGUCCACAGGCAAGGUGGUUUAUUUCACAGCCACGUUUCCCUACCUGAUGCUUGUCAUCUUGCUGAUCCGAGGUGUCACCCUUCCCGGAGCCUACCAGGGCAUCAUCUAUUACUUGAAGCCAGAUUUGUUCCGCCUCAAGGACCCUCAGGUGUGGAUGGAUGCGGGCACCCAGAUCUUCUUCUCCUUUGCCAUCUGCCAGGGGUGCCUGACAGCCCUGGGCAGCUACAACAAGUACCACAACAACUGCUACAAGGACUGCAUCGCCCUCUGCUUCCUGAACAGUGCCACCAGCUUUGUGGCUGGGUUUGUUGUCUUCUCCAUCCUGGGCUUCAUGUCCCAAGAGCAAGGAGUGCCCAUUUCUGAAGUGGCCGAGUCAGUGCGUGCACAGGUACACACACACGCAGUGCUUAGAGAGACGCCUCUUUCCCGAGGGCAGCACACGCCCUGGAGCCUCCCUGACUAUGCUGUGUACCUGGCAGGUCCUGGGCUGGCCUUCAUCGCCUUCCCCAAGGCUGUGACUAUGAUGCCCUUAUCCCAGCUGUGGUCCUGUCUGUUCUUUAUCAUGCUCAUAUUCCUAGGGCUGGACAGCCAGUUUGUCUGUGUGGAGUGCCUGGUGACAGCCUCCAUAGACAUGUUCCCCAGGCAGCUCCAGAAGAGCGGGCGGCGCGAGCUCCUCAUCCUCAGCAUCGCUGUCACGUGCUACCUCAUAGGGCUCUUCCUGGUCACCGAGGGCGGGAUGUACAUCUUCCAGCUGUUUGACUACUAUGCUUCCAGUGGCAUAUGCCUGCUGUUCCUGUCAGUGUUUGAAGUGGUCUGCAUCAGCUGGGUGUAUGGGGCGGACCGUUUCUAUGACAACAUUGAGGACAUGAUUGGCUACCGGCCAUGGCCCCUGGUGAAGAUCUCCUGGCUCUUCCUGACUCCUGGACUUUGCCUGGCCACUUUCCUCUUCUCCUUGAGCAAGUACACCCCCCUCAAGUACAACAACGUCUAUGUGUACCCGCCCUGGGGAUACUCCAUUGGCUGGUUCCUGGCUCUGUCUUCCAUGGUCUGUGUCCCACUCUUCGUCAUCAUCACCCUCUUGAAGACUCAGGGUUCUUUCACGAAGCGCCUGCGUCAGCUCAUCACCCCUGACUCCAGUCUGCCGCAGCCCAAGCAACAUCUCUACUUGGAUGGCAGUGCUGGCCAGAACUUUGGGCCCUCCCCAGCAAAGGAAGGACUGAUAGCCGGGGAGAAGGAGACCCAUUUGUAGGGUGUGGCCAGAGGCCAGGCGGCUCCUAAGCCGGGAACCUAGGUCAGGGCCACCCUCCAUUCUCAGCGGACAGCCUCUGCCUCUGUCUCCUGCCACAAUCCUGCUGGGAACCUCUGGAGAGCCACAGGCACCCCCAGCUGGAGGCCAGACUCCUCUCUUGUGCUAGCUGGAGCAGCUCCUUCCCCUGUGCUGGUAUCACCACCACUGGGACGUGCCAUGUUGGGAGGCCACUUCCUGUGGGAAGGCACCAUUGUUUUUAUAAAGGGGGGUCUUUUUGGAGGCCGCCAUCUGAUUGUAACACCUCGAGUUAUGAGGACUCCGCUGUGGGGAUGCCUCUUGUUAGAGCUUACUGCAUUUGUACACGGGGAGAGGAGCUGUAAUUGGAACACACACUGCCGUCCAAUGUGGAAGCCUGAUGGGACAGUACACCCUGUUGGAAGUGACAACGGAGCACACUGUGUUGGAUCGGAGGUUCCGUUAGGGGAUUCUUCCUUAGGCUUAACGACAGAGGCAAGCCUUCGCAUGCCGCCAGUCUGGAGCUUCCUCCGAGUCUCUCAUGGCAUCUCCAGCUCCCGCCCUAGUUCCACACUGUUCUUGCAGUGUUUCAUCAGCUUCUGGAGCAUUGGAAUGGAAGGGGCUUAGGAGAUGAUUCCUAGACUUUACAAACACGCGGCAUGCUUCGCUAUACUGUCCGUUCCUCUGCCCAAGGCCGACAUUGCUAACUGAUCACAGAUUCUUUCCCACCUCACAAUCCUUCCGAAUGUGCUCCAGGCAGCACCAUUUGCCAUCCUGCUUCUAACGCAAACCCCUGACUUCAUGGACGAGGAACCUGGAGACCAAAGAGACAAAGGGACUUUUUCAAGUUCACAUGGCUUCUUGGGGGCCAGAGAUAAGACUAAAACCUUAUCUCCUUGUGCUCAGGCCAGUGUCUUCCCACUAACCCCCUGCCUUAGUUAACAAGUGUGUAUGGAUUGCC